AUGUACUCUUCUUUCUUUACACCCAUAGAAUUCGGGUUCUUCAGGGGAUUGCCUGACCACGUAUAUUUACUAGACAUACUUGGUCAAGUGGUUUUCUUCGUCGACGUCUUCCUUCUGUUCUUUGUUGCUUACAGAGACAUAGAGCGUGAGAAGCUGAACCAAAAGUCAAUUGCUUGGCGGUACUUGAAAACUUAUUUCAUAUUUGAUUUACUUUCCUGCAUGCCUUGGGAUAUUAUUUACAGGGUUUCUGGAAGAAAAGAAGAAGUGAGAUACCUUUUACUGAUUAGAUUGGUGCGGGUACGGAAGGUUCUAGAGUUCUUCCGCAAAUUGGAGACAGACAUACGGGUCAAUUAUUUUUUUUCCAGGAUUCUAAAACUUGUCAUGGUUGAGCUGUAUUGUACACAUACGGCAGCAUGCAUAUUCUAUUAUUUGGCCACGACUUUGCCAGCUUCACAAGAGGAAUACACAUGGAUUGGGAGCCUAAAACUUGGGGCCUAUAGCUACUCAAACUUUAGAGACAUUGAUCUUUGGAAGAAAUACAUAACAUCCUUAUACUUUGCGGUUAUUACUAUGGCAACAGUAGGAUAUGGUGACAUUCAUGCGGUUAAUAUGAGAGAAAUGAUAUUUGUUAUGGUUUAUGUCUCGUUUGACAUGGUUCUUGGUGCUUAUUUGGUCGGUAAUAUAACAGCUUUAGUGGUGAAAGGAUCGAAGACAGAAAUAUACAGGGAUAGAAUAAAAAGCCUCCUCAAAUAUGUUGACAAAAAAACAGUAAGGAAAGAAAUACAUUACAAAAUCAAAGAGCAACUAUUGUUACCAAAUGAUAGGAGCCAUUCUGAUCCUGCUGUGUUUCAAGACCUCCCAACCGACGUCCGCACCACUAUAGCUGAACAUCUUUAUAAGCCACAGCUUAAAGAAGUUCCACUUUUCAAAGGAUGCUCUCCAGAAUUCAUCGAUCAGAUAGUAACCAGAGUGCAUGAGGAGUUUUAUCCUCCAGGGAAAGUAAUAAUGGAGCAAGGAAGUGUGGUUGACCAACUUUACUUCAUCUGUGAUGGAAAACUGAAAGAGGUAAUAGUAAAUGAAAGUGGACAUGAAGAAACUGUAUCGGAUUUAAAACCUCAGGACUCAUUUGGAGAUGUUUCCAUUCUACACAACAAACUUCAACCAUAUACAGUUCGAGUUCUUGACCAUUGCCUCCUUUUGCGGAUUGAUAAGAAAUCUUUCUCUAACAUUCUCAAGAUAUAUCUUCACGACAAACAAAAAAUUCUCGCCAAUCUAGAAAAGGAAGCCAAAACUCGCCAGUCAUUAGAACUCUCAUCGUAUUUUCAAGAACCAUCAGAGAAAGUGACGCAAAAGAGAUGUACGGUAUACCCAUUUCAGCCAUGGGAGGAAUCAAAGGAUCAGAACAAGUAUGGAGUAGUAUUACGGGUUCCAGACACCAUUGACGAGCUCAUGAAAACAGCAGCAGAAUAUUUGAAGUUGGACCUUCUUCCCACUUCUUGUAUCAUAACAAAAGAAAAAGGACAAAUCGUUAAUGCGGAUAUUAUUAAAGAUGAAGAAAAGCUGUACUUAAUCACUACUCAGGCAUAAGUUAUGUAUCAUGAAAUAUAUGAGCAUGCCAACCAACAACAUGGCUUGACCACAUUCAAUUUCAAUCCAAAUUUCUGGAAGUCUAUCUCUUUCAACAAUUCUAUUUUUAAUUUUUGAUGUGUACCAAAAGCACCCAAAGGCUAUACCUAACAUGCCAU